AACAAGAUCUUAAUUUAGUCAAUAACGUAUAUAUCUAUCUAUAAAUAAACAACUCUCCCCCUCCCCAAUAUUACUACUCAAAUAUUAAUUAAAAUGUUGUCCUCUUUUUUGGUGUUUUUGUUAAUAUUGUUAUUUGUUGGCUGUGAAGGAAAGGUGGAGAAUGGAUCUGUGACGGCUGUUUUUAUUUUGGAGAUUCGAUCGUUGAUCAAGGAAAUAAUAAUAAUAUUUCUACACUCAUUAAAUGUAAUUUUGAACCAUAUGGUAAGGACUUCAUGGGUGGAAAACCUACUGGAAGGUUUACCAAUGCCAAGACUCCCUCUGACUUGAUAGUGAAUGAACUCGGGAUUAAAGAAGUAAUGUCAGCUUAUCUUGACCCCUAUUUGCGAGUUGAAGAUCUGAAAACAGGAGUAAGCUUUGCAUCAGGAGGUUGUGGAUUUGAUCCUCAAACCUCUAGUAUUGCGGAAUUAUACAAGUUAGGAGCAAGAAAAAUAGGUGUUUUUGGGGUUCCACCCAUAGGUUCUUUGCCAGCCCAAAGAACACUUGCUGGAGGUUUCAGUAGAGGGUGCGUUGUGGAAUACAAUCAAGCAGCACAGUUAGCCAACACUAAGCUCUCAGCUGCAAUUGCUUCAUUGUCAAAAAAUUUACUUCAAUCAGUGUUGGUUUUGAUUGACAUCUACAAUCCUCUGCUUGAUCUCAUUGUCAACCCUCAAAAACAUGGAUUUGAAGUAGUAGAUAAAGGAUGUUGUGGUAGUGGAAUGAUAGAGACAGUGAUUCUAUGCAACAAAUACAGUGGAACAUGUGAAGAUAACACAAAAUAUUUAUUUUGGGAUAGUUACCAUCCCACAGAGAAAGGUUACAGAAUUCUUGUUGAUCAGAUCCUCCAAAAAUAUGUCAAUAUUCUUACGACAUAAACAUGAAUUCAAUCACGACCAGCUUAGGAUGCAUUUACAAACAUGAAUGGGAAGCAAGGUCAAUAUUCGUCCAACUGUUCUUCAUCAGUUUGCUUCAUCUUUGAAUUUUGUUUUAUCGAGAUUUUGUACACAACAUAUUUGUUUUCUUUAUUUUGCAUCUUUGUAAAUCUCCUCUAUGUAUGUUCC